ACACAUUCAUUGUUACCUUAUCUUUGUACACUCUUUGUUUCCCUCCAAACAAAAAUGACCCUGAAUUUAAUUCCCAAAUGCAUCCAAUUUCACUUGAUAGCACCACUACACAGUAAUCACCAUCAUUCAUCACCACCAUGGCUAGCAAAUUAGCAUCCACAUUGACAUACCAGCGUCCAUUCACCGCCACAACACAACCAACAUCCUCAAUUUCUACUCCCCGGGCUCACCUUGUUCAAUUUAAUGGCCGCCGCAACGUAUGCCUUCGCCGCCGCCGGCUACUCUUGCUCUCCCCCAAGGCCUCUGCUGAUCAACAAGGGAAGGUUGAGAAAGAUGCUGUUGAUAGUAUAAAAGAGAAGAAAUCAAUAGGUGAACUUGAGCAAGAUUUUCUUCAAGCACUGCAGGCAUUCUACUAUGAGGGAAAGGCUAUUAUGUCAAAUGAGGAAUUUGAUAAUCUCAAGGAAGAACUAAUGUGGGAAGGGAGCAGUGUUGUAAUGCUAAGUUCUGAUGAGCAAAAAUUUCUUGAAGCAGCUAUGGGUUAUGUGUCUGGAAAACCAAUCAUGAGCGAUAAAGAGUAUGAUGAAUUGAAACUCAGGCUAAAGAUGGAAGGCAGUGAAAUUGUAGCUGAGGGUCCACGGUGCAGUAUUCGCAGUCGCAAGGUUUACAGUGACCUGUCUAUUGACUACUUGAAGAUGUUCCUGCUAAACGUGCCAGCAACUGUGGUUGCCCUGGGAUUGUUCUUCUUCCUUGAUGAUGUGACUGGAUUUGAGAUCAAUUCUCUGAUAGAGAUUCCAGAGCCUUAUAGCUUCAUUUUGACUUGGUUUGCAGCUGUCCCCUUCAUUGUAUGGCUGGCUCAGUCAAUUACAAAUGCCAUUAUAAAUGACUUUCUGAUUUUAAAGGGCCCAUGUCCUAACUGUGGCACUGAAAAUACUUCCUUCUUUGGGACUAUACUGUCAAUUUCAAGUGGGAAUUCUACCAACAAAGUCAAAUGUGUUAACUGUGGUACUGCAAUGGUGUAUGAUUCAAGUACAAGAUUGAUUACAUUGCCUGAAGGGAGUAAUGCCUGAGUGGAGGGACACACAGGCAUGCUUUUGUCAUAUCAUUGUUCCAACGUUGAGAUGUGAUCACCAUCGGUGCAGAAGCUACUUAAUUACAUACGAAGCUAGUUACUAAUUUAUCAAGUCAGGAAUCUGCCAUGGUGAUCCCCUAAUUAAUCAAGGCCAAUAUCACUAUCAUACUUGUAAUCAAAUGAGAUUUGUAUAGCAUAUUUAGGAUUGUCCAUUUUGAUUGAUUCCGACCUGGAACUAUCAUAAUAAGUCUGCAAAGAUCUGUGCGUAAAAUCUUUAGAAAGUCAGCUGAGGCCUUGCUUCAGUUGUUUGCUUAUAGACUUCAAGGAAAAUAUGCAAUACACUGUGGUUGAGCAGGGUGUAUCAAUGCAUGCCGAUUCUCAUCUGCAAAUGAAUGUAAUUGAAACUAAGAAUUUUGUUUUUGGAUCCAAACUAGGUUUCCACAUUUGUGAAAAAAUGUUUGAUUAUGACAGCAACCUAAGACUUGUGCUG